UCAACUUUCUAGUAAUUUGCACGAUUGAUUUUAUUAUUGUUAGUUGAUUCCAGCCGCUCACCGCUCUGGUUCCACUUCACUGAAACAGUUUCUUUCGAUGCGGCGUUGUCCUCAUCUACGUCUCAAAUUCCUUGCCGCCACUGCUACAGCCGACACCGCCGCCAUGUCCUCUUACCAACGUCCCCAUCGAGGCGGUCGAAAUCAAUGGGGCAGAAGCUUCUCCGACCGAACCAACAGCGGCGGAAGAGGCCAUCUAGUUACUGGGGAUUCGAACUUGGACUCUGUUGGAGAAGCGAACCUAGGUUUCCGUCGAGGAAAUUUCUCCAACCAAAACUCCUUUCAGUCUCAGCAGUUCGGUUAUAAACCUAGGCCUUCAUCUCCUUACAGCCAAAACCAACAGUUUUUUCGCCAACCUCCUCCGGCUCGUCCGUACAACCGUUAUCAACCGCCACGCCAUCCGUUUGGUCAAAAUCCAGCGGCUAAGCCUUUCCGUCCCCGCAAUUCCAAGCCCUGGGAUUACCGGGAAUGGAAGUACGCAGGAACUCCGCCGCCUCCGCGUUCUGAUAAGUUUGUUGUCCUUUCAUAUAAUGUAUUGGCGGAUUACCUUGCUAGUACCCAUCGGAAUCUUUACUUCCAUAUACCUUUCCAUAUGAUGAAUUGGGAGUGGAGGAUGAGGAAUUUAAUGUUUGAGCUCAGUUUAUGGUCAGCUGAUAUUUUGUGCUUUCAGGAGGUUGAUAGAUUUCAUGACAUGGAGGAGCAGUUGAAUUCCAUGGGAUAUAAUGGCAUUUGGAAGAUGCGAACUGGGAGAGCAAUUGAUGGUUGUGCAAUCUUUUGGCGAACAUCAAGGUUCAAGUUGCUUCAUGAAGAAUCUAUAGAGUUCAACAAGCAUGAACUUCGAGAUAAUGUUGCCCAAAUAUGUGUUCUUGAGUUGUUGAGCCAAAGUCCCCCCCAAAAUACAGCAGCACCAUUAAGAAGCUCAACAAAUUCAAAUAAAGUUGUCAUUUGUAACAUUCACGUGCUAUAUAAUCCAAGAAGAGGAGAAAUUAAGCUUGGCCAGGUUAGGAGGCUCCUAGAAAGAGCUCAUUCUGUUUCAAAGAGUUGGGAUAAUGCUCCAGUAGUUCUUUGUGGGGAUUUUAAUUGUACUCCCAAGAGUCCAUUGUACAACUUUAUAUCAGAGCAAAAGUUGGAUUUAUCAGAAGUGAAUAGAGAUAAGGUGUCAGGACAAGCUUCUGCCGAAAUUCCUCUGCAGACAUAUAAUCCCAAUUCAGGGGCUCAGUCUGGUAAUAUUCCUGCACAAGUUCCUCCUGCAGUAGAUAUCAAGCGAAUUGGUGUGGAUAAAAAUGAUUCUCACUCUGAUACGAAGAAACAAAAUAAUCUAGACAGAAAUAUGAAUGAUGCUUCUGUAAACAUGUCUGGGUCCAGUGAGACAAUGCAGGAUUUGUCAGAUAUGUCCUGCAACAAUUUGCGAAUGGGAGGCAAUGACAGUGCAGAAUAUGAUGAAGUGACAGAAAUUCGGUGUGGUGCAGUUGAUAUGCAAAGGCUUUCUCCUGGCCAUUCUUCCUGUCCUGAAAAUAUGUGCUCCGGCAUCACUGAGAUGGAGCACAUAGGAACAGAUGUUACCAUCCAUUCUAACAAUGGAAAAGCGUUGGAUGACAUUGUGAUGAACAAUCAUUCUAACGGGAUUACAACUGAUCCUGAGUUGUUGAGUACCUCCCAGUCAGAGACUUCUUCAACUGAACCGUUAUACCAAACUCACUCUCUUGACGCAAUUGAAGUUUCCCCUCCUAAUAUCUUAGCUUGUCAGUCGUCAGAGUCAGUUGCUAAUGAUCACAGGGAUAGACGUCCAGUUCCUUCUCAAGUUGACUUCUAUGGUCUGUCUGCUGGCACUGACAUCGAACUAGAAGAAAAAAUGGAUAAUUUGUCUCCUGAAGAGCAUAGCAAAACUAUGGUAGAAAGUGAAAAUAUUGUUGCAGACAAUAAUGCAUUUGUUGAUGCAUUAUAUGGUAAUCAAGAUAGACAUCCAACAAACUCUAGUCAAUCGGUAGCAUCAGACUUGGAUCAUUCUUCAAUGGAAUUUUUGAGUUCCCAGGAUUCCCAGUUUUUGCUACCAAGUGCUGAUGUUCUGGAUGAUGUAUUGCCUUCCUUGGAUUCCGAAGUUGCUGAGAUUGAGCAGACUACUUACGAUCCAUCAUCAUGGAGCCCAAAGGAAUUAGCAACUGCAACUGGCAAUGAGGACUGCAAGUUCCUGGAGCACCCUCUGCAGCUUAAAAGUACAUAUACAGAAGUCAAGGAUUCUCCUGGUACAAGAGAUUCUUAUGGAGAACCCCUUGUGACAAGUUACAACAGGCGCUUCUCAGGCACGGUUGAUUACAUAUGGCGUUCUGAAGGUCUUCAGACUGUCAGGGUGCUUGCUCCAAUUCCAAAACAUGCUAUGCAAUGGACUCCAGGGUUUCCAACAAAGAAAUGGGGUAGCGAUCAUAUUGCAUUGGCAGCAGAGUUGGCAUUCACAAAAAGCUUGACCAAUCAAGACCCCAAGAGUUAAGUGGCUAGAAAGGGGGUUUUUUUUAUGGUGGUUACUUGCGGGGUUUUCUAAUCUCACUUGUUGUAUUAUUGUUGUUAUAUGUCGAUCUGUUUUACUGACUACAAUUAGAUAUUUUAAUUCAUCAGUUACUAAUUGUGGAUGAGAAUAAGUAAAUACCAGAUCCUCCUGGUUGUCAUUUUGCAUAAUUAUAUAUAGAGAUCUUGGUAACAUAGUUGGGACAA